AUGACCAGUCUCCCGCCCCCAGCAUACGAAGAGGUGGUUACCCGUCGAGUCGACGAGCAUUACUUGACUUGUACGCGGCCUACAAAUGAAGGGCGGACCAAAUCCCUCAUGAAUCAUCGAGUUGGUACCUUUGCCGUGAGAGGCUGGAUUGCCGGCAAUGGCGGUACCACUGUCGCAGUAGGCCAUUGGUGGAUGAAUGGAGGAAAACACCAAACUUGGGAGGUGUGCAAACCAAUCGAGGACCAAAUUGCAAAGCCAACCCAAGAUCGAAGAACGAAGGAAAAGUUGGUCCAAUGGCUCCGUACCUUGCGCAGUCAGCGUAUCGAACAAGAGGCGGCAUCCAUUUUCGCAGUGAACGGAACGCCCAUACAGCCAGGCGAGAUUGAGUAUACCAUCUUUAGUCCCACUGACACGACAGGAUCGGGCGAGUACGACUGGACUGAGAAAUGGGGGUGGAAGGUGAAGCUUAGGGCAUAUACCUAUGCCAAACAUGUGGAGUGCUCCCGGUGGACAAUAACAUGCCGUAUGUUCCUCGACGACCUACCAUCCCUGUUGCAAGCGGGCGGCAUAUCGUGGAAAGAUGUCAUGGUAGAUGUCGAUGAUGAUCGCUUCGACGAGGACUCAUUCCCGAAUCGCGGGUGGAAUUGGGCGCGAUCAUAUUUCUGUUGGCCAUCGUCGGCAUCUGGGCAAAAGUGGAAUGCCAAUGUUGAUGAAAGACACCAGGAGCAAUCAUCACUUGAACGAGAUUUCCGGUAUCGCCUCUCUACAGACACAAUUCACUAG